AAAGCUGCAUGCAUCGAAGCACAUGGAUAUUUUCAUAGACACGUCGAUAAGGGGAGAUAAAGAAAUAGGAAAAGUACAAUAAUGCGUUCUGAAGGGCAGAAAGAGCGAUCAAGUCCACAUGCAAAGGUAUUCUUGAAACGGAGACACAGAGGCGCCAUGGCCAAAGCUACUUUCAGAGAAAGGGGAGACAGACGAUGCUAUCUGAAAUCUGAUCGUCCUCUUGUCAUUUUCCCACAUGUACUUCAGUUCAGUCCACCUAGACAUGUGGAACCAUACCAAAAUCUUUGAUCUUGUCUCCAUUUAGAUGACAUAAAAGAUGUGUAAUUCAGUAACUAGGAUUAAUCUCCAUCCAUAACCUCUAGUCAUGAAGCAAUGGUAGAUUGAUCAGCAAAUACAGUAGAUUUUAUUUGUGAUGUAAUGCAUGGCAUAUACAUGCUGUAAGAUAAUCAGAAGGCCACCAGAAGAAGGAACAUCGUUUAUCUUAAUCUCUUAUCGAGGCACGCUGAGACCUGCCUGUGUCAAAAUAGAAACAGUAGAAUUAG